GUAUUCUUUUGUUUUCCGAUCUUGUAUAAAAAUCAAUCAGUUUACUUUUAAAUCUUGAGUUGUUUGGAUGAAGAUUUAAGAAAAAAUGAAAGUUUUAUUUGUUUUUGUUUGCGUUUUGUUUGCUCUGUCAGCUGAAGGGAAAUGGAGAGCCAAGAAAGAAGAAAAUGAGGAUAAUCUGCCAAUUAAUGAAGAUUUAAAAGAGAAUAUAUGCGAAAUGCACCGAGUUAAACCACACUGUCAACAAUCAAAAUAUCGUACAAUUGAUGGAUCAUGUAACAAUAUCAAUCAUCCAUUAUGGGGGAUACCAUAUUCUAAAUUCUCACGAAUUUUAAAAGCUGAAUAUGGUGAUGGAGUUUCAACUUUCCAGAAAUCUGUAACUGGUCAUGACCUUCCAAGUCCGCGAUUUAUUUCAAAAAAUAUUUACUCAGAAAAGAGCGUUCUCGAUCCUGAAUAUACAAUUGCUAUGAUGCAAUUCGGGCAGGUCAUGGCUCAUGAUAUGAGUUUUGGACUUGAAGCAUCAUCAAAGUCAUGCUGCUCUCAUAAAAAUAAAUAUGACCUGAGUGUGAAGAAAUGUGAUGCAAUUUCAGUUCCAAAAGAUGAUUUAUUCCUUGCCCCACAAGAUGUCCAGUGUAUGAAUUUCGUCAGAAAUGUACACGAUGCUGAUCUGGAUUGUCCACCAAAUAAGGUUCAAGGCGCAGUUUCACAAAUUUCAACACCAACAGUCUUUUUAGAUCUUUCUAUUCUUUAUGGGAGUACGCCUGAACAAGAAAAAAUUUUAAGAAGCUUUGACGGUGGCUUGAUGAGAACUUCAUUAAAAGAUGGACAUGAAUAUCCACCACAUUAUACUAAAUCUAACAAAGAUUGCUUCAUUGACUCAACAAAAGACUUUUGCUACUUAAGUAGUGACGAUCGAAUUAAUCAAAAUCCACAUUUAACUAUCAUUCAAGUCUAUUAUCUUCGUGAACAUAACAGAAUUGCCAGAGAACUUUCAAAACUUAAUCCUCACUGGGAUGAUGAGAAAUUGUAUCAAGAAAGUCGUCGCAUCAACAUUGCUCAGUACCAGUAUGUUUCUUAUUAUGAAUGGCUUACUAUAUUUUUGGGCGAUCAAAAUAUGCUCGAUAAGAAAAUGAUUUAUCACUAUAGUGGAGAUGAAUAUGUCAAUGACUAUAAUGCAACCAUCGAACCUCAAAUAUUCAACGAACACGCAAAUGCUGCUUAUAGAUUCUUUCAUACGCAGAUUGAAGGUCAUUUAGAACUCUUGACUGAAUCUCGUGAGAUAAUAUCCAAAAUAUCAUUAAGUGAUUAUUACAACAAGCCAAGAAUAAUCGAAGAGCAUUUUGAUAAUCUUGGUCGUGGUCUUGUAACUCAACAAUCUCAAUUAACUGACGUCAAUUACGAUACUGAGAUCCUCGAUUACUUAUUUAAGCAUGAAAGAAGUUUUGGAGAUGAUUUAAGAGCAGUGGAUAUCCAGAGAGGACGUGAUCAUGGUGUUGCACGUUACAAUGAUUUCCGAGAAGCAUGUGGACUACCAAGAGCUAAAACAUGGGAAGACUACUUGGAUUUAAUUUCAGAAACGGAAGUUGAAAAGCUAAAGCAGGUUUAUGAAAGUUUUGAGGAUGUUGAGUUAUCUGUCGGUGGAACUCUUGAAAAAAUAGUUGACAAUACAACAUUAUCAGGUCCAACAUUGCUGUGCAUUUUUGACAUUCAAUUUUAUAACACUCGAGUAACUGAUCGAUAUUGGUUUGAGUCAGGAGAUCCAGAAGUUGCAUUCACACGUCCACAAUUGGCAGAAAUUAGAAAAUCAAGCUUUGCACGGUUAUUUUGUGAUAAUUCAAAUAAUGUUACUAGAGUGCAGAAAAAGGCAUUUGACAUAGUUGAUGAGCACGAAAAUCCAAUUGUUCCAUGUUCAGAGAUUCCAGUCGUUGACUUAUCGAAGUGGACGAAUUCAGCUUAAAUUUACAAAUUUGCGUCAAAACUUAAUUUCUUUAUAUCGUAAAAAUUGAAUAAAACUUGAUAAAAUAUGAAUAUCCAAGAUAAAUGAA